AAUGAAAAAGUAGGCCCUCCAGCAUUGCUCACGCCCAAACUCGCCCAACCUUGCCCUAGGGGCCGUGCGGACCGCCCCUCCUGCGCUUGCGCACUGGGCCCUCCACCGCCCUCCGCCACGACCCUCCCCACUCGGAGCAUGCGCGGAGCGCUUGGCGCCAAUUCCAAGUCCCUGGGCGGCGCGCGUUCGCUCUCUGCUCGGCUCCGGGAUGAUCGGCCAGAAAACUCUCUACUCCUUCUUCUCCCCGAGCCCCGCCAGAAAACGACGUGCCUGCAGUCCCGAGCCGGCCGACCCAAGGGCCGGCGUGGCGGCCGUAGCUGAAGAGAACGGCGAUGUGACGGCCAGCCCCGCCAAGAAGGCCCGGGCCGGGCAGGACGAGCCCGGCACGCCGCCCUCCUCGCCGCUGAGCGCUGAGCAACUGGACCGCAUCCAGAGAAACAAGGCCGCGGCGCUGCUCAGACUCGCAGCCCGGAACGUGCCCGUGGGCUUCGGGGACAGCUGGAAGAAGCACCUGAGCGGAGAGUUCGGGAAGCCGUACUUCAUAAAGCUAAUGGGAUUUGUUGCAGAAGAAAGAAAACAUUACACUGUUUAUCCACCCCCACACCAAGUCUUCACCUGGACCCAAAUGUGUGACAUACGAGAUGUGAAAGUUGUCAUCCUGGGACAGGAUCCUUAUCACGGACCCAGUCAAGCUCACGGGCUCUGCUUUAGCGUGCAAAGACCUGUUCCACCCCCGCCCAGUUUGGAAAACAUCUAUAAAGAGCUGUCGACAGACAUAGAUGGCUUUGUUCAUCCUGGCCAUGGAGAUUUAUCUGGGUGGGCUAAACAAGGUGUCCUCCUGCUCAAUGCUGUCCUCACUGUCCGGGCUCAUCAGGCCAACUCACAUAAGGAGAGAGGCUGGGAGCAGUUCACUGACGCCGUCGUGUCCUGGCUCAAUCAGAACUUGAACGGCCUCGUUUUCUUGCUCUGGGGCUCUUACGCUCAGAAGAAGGGAAGUGCCAUCGACAGGAAGCGGCACCAUGUCCUGCAGACUGCUCAUCCCUCCCCGUUGUCUGUGUAUAGAGGAUUCUUCGGCUGUCGACAUUUUUCUAAAGCCAAUGAGCUGCUGCGGAAGUCUGGCAAGAAGCCCAUUGACUGGAGUGACCUGUGACUCCACAGAGUGCAGUGGUCAUCUCCUGGGGUGAUUUUUUUGAGGCACCGCUGUUGAAGAUUUGUCAGUCACAAAGUUACUGAAAACUUCUGUGCUGCGGAGCACCCUGCUUAAUAAUGAGAGAAAGUUUCCAUAAUGCAGCUAAGGACCAGGCUGUCCUGGAUGGCAGCUUUAUCCAGCCAGAAGUAGGUAGCAAAGAUACCCUUUAACCGCUUUUGUGUAUUUGAGUUGUCCUCCAAUCAAGGCAGAGGUGGCUUGGUGAAAAACAUGCACAUUUCUCACAAGACAGCUGAGGUCAAAUAUUUCCUUGGUCCGCCUCAUCUCCUUUAGCCUUACGGUUAAAAGGGGAGCUAAGCACCUUUUUGAUACUUCCUCCCAUAGUUUGGUGCUUGCAGCUAGUUUAGAUUCAUAGGUUACAAGGUGUUGUGUUUUUGCUUAGAACCUCCCUGUUCCAUCUUUCAAGGAGUCCCAGAUCCCUCCCUGGAGAAACCUUGAAGAUGUUUUGUAAGCCUCUAGAAAUCUGGACCUGAAAUUGGGAGUCAGUUGUAGUAGAGGCCAGUAUUCCUGACAGUUGUCCUUGAUGUGAGCCUUCACUGACCAGCAGGCUAAAAACCACAACCAGCUGGGUCUUUCUCCCGUUCUUUGGGUGCUUCCUGGAGUAGUAAGUGGUGGAAGUCAAACAAAGAUGGAGAGGGUUUUGUUUUGAGUGAGGGAUGUUUCUCUCCCACUACUGAUGGAGGUUAGAGUGGGGUAAGGCAGCGCAGGCUGCCCAGUGCUGUUUGUUUUGUUUUAAUGGACUGAAAUCACUUGGAGAUUUAUUUUUUUUUCUAACACUGGUAAAUUUAACUUUUUUAUAAAGUACUUACACAGAUACAUAUAUUUUUUUUAAAUUCUUUUUUUUUUAAAAGACUGUCUUUACUAGGUCUGUACCCCUGAGCCGGAUGUGAUGGAGACUGUUUUUGUUGUUAGAAGGGUUAAAAAGUUAACCCUGUACACAUGGAAUAAUAAAAAAUUGUUGAAGUUUCA